CUCCACACACAACACAGCAACGCCCACUUUGAAGAGAGAAGGCUCGCGCUCCGGGCCGCUCCUCUCUCUCGCUGCAGCUCCCUUCUCAGCGACGCGCGUCCGGACACUCCAGCCUCGUCGUGUCUCCCGUCAUCCCCUCUGUCCGACGAGCUACUGUCCGCGCGUAUCGGCCCCGUCGGAGACGAGUAAUCGCCUGCCUCUCAUCACACCCCAGUCCGCGCCAGGCAACGCGUAGAUUGGGUUUGCGCUCCCCAUUGCGAGCGUCCGCAGAAACCAAUCACCACAACGAGACUUCGUCGUCGCAACAGACCGCGUCAGAUCUCCUGGAGCGCCAUGAAGGCCCCGCGCGCCAGCUGCGAGGGCUAUCUCACCUUCCGCACAAGUCCAGCAUCACCGCCACCGAUGCUGCGACGCUACUGUUUUCUCGUGGGCACAUCUUUCCACUAUUACAGCACACAGGAGGAUGCGUAUCAUAUGCUGCGACUUAAGGGUGAGGUGGACGUACUUGGAGUGCAGGAAUGGGAUGGCAAAGGCAACAUGCACAUCUAUCAGCACGGCUUCCUGUUUGCCACCGCGCAGAACAAAGUCUUCUACGCCUACGCCGACACAGCCAUGGAUAAGGAGAAGUGGAUCCGAGCGAUCCAGACAGCAGUGGAGACUACAGUACCGCGUCUAGCAGCAGCGUUCUUCCAGCACGCAUCGCUGGAUGUGUCUCUCUCUCCAGUGAGCACUGUGACGGUGCCGUCUACUGAGACGGAUGUAACGUGCAAGUGUCCCGAUUGCACUCGGUUGUCAGCAGAAGCUGCGGCGGCUGGACAACCAUCGCCAGCUGCGGCGACAUUGCUAUACAAAUGCAACAGUUGUGACGGUCUGUAUUGUGAUAAGUUUACGACGCACAAGGUCCCGCUCCCGCAGAGAUCGCACUACUACGCCAAGCGCGUGUGUGACCGUUGUUAUGAGGCGCAGAAUUACAUCAACUACUUACGGGCGAUGGUGGAGCGACUAAAGGCGGGGAUCUGCUUGUACCCAAAGCCAUUGAAUCCCGAGGCUCCGAUUGAGCUGAUUAUGCCCAAGCGACCACUACAGACUGAGUCAGCGAAGAUUGCUAUCGACCUGCUGAAGGCAAAGGUGAUUACCGCAGAAGAAUGCGAGGAGAUCUUGCUGAAGGAUCGACGCUUUUAUGAUCACACAAUGGACCAUCCAGAAAUCCCGCUAGACCUGAAGAUCUUGGGUCUGCAUCGCGAGUUCCGUGCACGUAGCUUUAGCGUGUACCGAGCUGUGAUUUUACUGCAUCGUCACCUCGAUAGUGACCCUUUGUUGUUCAAACCGAUUGUGGAGAAACUGCUUCACUUUUCGUAUACGCGCAUCAACCAAGUGGAGUUCUACUGGCCUCAGAUCGUUCAUGCAUAUCUAUCGAUUCCGAAUUUUGACUUCGAGAAGAUUUUCUGGCUGGAUGAGCUCAUUUUGUCGGUAUGUUCGCGCUCCAUUCACCUCGCGCUUCUUCUUCGAUGGCAACUUCAAGGCGCACUCGAAGACUCGUUUGAUCCAAGAAAACCCAAGGAGAUGCAGGACAAAUACGCGCGUGUGGUACGGUUGAUGGUGGAGAUUGAGCGUGAAGUUGCAGGUGUAGACCGUGCCACUGUGCUCAGCCGUGAUCCCCAGCACGAAGCGUCGCAGGUGCACAAGCGUAAUCUGCCGAUGCCAACAGAUGACCAGUUGCAAGUUAUCGUAAAGCUGACAGAGGAGAUUGCAAUCCACCGUCGACAAGCGCACAGUAUCUCUGGUGCAAGUGGCUCGCCGGCAGGCAUGGAUUCUUACUCACCCAUCUCACCGCCUAUGGCGAGGAACGGAUCGGACCGUAAUGGCUCGCUAGAUGGAGACGUGGACAGCCGAUUUCGUGACUUUUCGCGCUUUCAACAGCAUUUGCUCACGCCAAAGGAAGACCUUGACUCCAUGUUGCUGACGCACCCUACAGGUGACGACUACGAGCAAGACGAGCGGUUGUCCAUUCUUGAAGAGGAGGAUACUGAUAACCAACCAACCAGUAUUUUCAGUGAGUCUAUGCGACGCCUGAGCCAGACAGACAAGUCCCUGCUGGCAAAGCAUUUUGCUGACGAAUGUGACUUCGUGGAGCAGAUCACGGAUAUCGCUGAGGCGCUGCGUUUUGUGCCGUCUAUUCAGGACCGGAAGGCCCAGUUGCCGUCGUAUUUAGAGAAACUGCAUCUGCCACCUAUGGCGUAUGUGCCGCUGGUGAAAGCCACGGACCCUUUUGAGCGUAUCGUGCGGAUACCCACGAAGGAAGGAACCGCGUUCUCGACAAAAGCUCGUGUCCCUAUUUUGCUGAUUUUUGAGGUGAUUCGCGGCAACCCUUUUGACGAUGAACAACAGUGCGAUGCCUCACUCCCGCAAUCACCACGGUCGCCAUCACGACAGAACCUAACUGGUAGCGGUGCGCUUGAAUCUUCGGAAGUCAACUACAUCGAGGAUGAUGAAAUUGGUCAGUUGAUUGGGCACCAGGCUAGUGAAGCUUUUGCUGGUGAUGCUCAAGACGCGGAGGAAGUCCAAGCGGAAACAAUUAUCCCUCCCCCUGCUCCUGAACCGUACCAAACUCCUGUCGCCGUGCCUCGUCGUGCCCCUGUUCCUGAGACCCCCAUUGACGUCCCUGACAUUGUGUCAACGCCGUCAACGGCUCCACCGGUGCUCAUGCAGCCUAUCGAAAAAGCGGCAAAUAACACGACUGUGGACGGAGUGAUAGUAGAGGGACAACCUUCGACACCGCUGGAGAUGGACUUGGCAUCGGGCAACUUGACCGCAGAAGCAAUUGAGCGCGAGAAGGCUCGCCGCAGGGAUUUUGAAGCAGCUUUCGGAGAGUCCUGGAGCUCAAAGCGAGCGAGGCUGAUGGCUGCAUCGCCGUACGGCCACUUACCCGGAUGGGACAUCGUGUCCAUGAUUGGCAAGAGUAACGAUGAUCUUCGUCAGGAGGUAUUUACGCUGCAGUUGAUUCAGAAGUUCGUUGAAAUAUUCAGGGGAGCGAAUCUGCCCAUGUGGGUGAAGAGAUACCGCAUCAUCGCUACGAGUUCGUCAACUGGACUGAUUGAGACUCUGAUCAACGCAAUUUCGCUGGAUGGGCUGAAGAAACGUGAAGGUUACGUUUCGCUGCUGCAUCACUUCGAGAAAUCCUAUGGACCACCUGACUCGCGCCGAUUCAAGGCAGCGCAGCGGAAGUUUAUUCAGUCUAUGGCUGGAUACUCGCUCGUGUGUUACUUCCUGCAGAUCAAGGAUCGGCAUAACGGCAACAUCAUGCUGGACAACGAAGGCCACAUUAUCCAUAUCGACUAUGGUUUCUUACUUGGUAUCGCGCCUGGUGGAAUGCUGAGCAUCGAGACAGCCCCAUUCAAGCUGACGGCCGAGAUGGUGGAGACCAUGGGUGGCCAGGACUCCGAGGGCUUCAAGGAGUAUGUUACCUUGUGCACACGAGGAUUCCUUGCGUGCCAACAGCACUGUGACGAGAUCUGUGACCUUGUGGACGUCAUGUCACGUCAGUCACCAUACCCGUGUUUCCUGGGCAUCGACGCUGAUUAUAUUUUAUUGCGCCUACGCUCCCGCUUCAAGCUGACCCUAUCCAAGCAAGAGACUGUGGCGCACGUACUGUCGCUCAUCCGCAAGAGCAACAGCAACUACAGCACGCGUCAAUAUGACAAUUUCCAGCGCAUGACAAACGGUAUUCUUUCAUAAGGUGGUUGGUUCCCAGAGUCAAGUCGCAAAGCGAAAUAAAAGAUCGUAAGCCUUUCGCGGACAAUGGAAUGUCCUUAGAACUAUAAGAUGCGGGCUUUUUGUUUAGUCCGUAGCGUUUUGGUAGGUAGGUGUAUAGGUGGAAUUGUGGCUUCUCGGGUGAUAACGAUACAGGAAUGAAACUCUUCCGGAGAAUUAUCAGUUGGGCGACUACACUGCCGUAGUGAUUGUCAGCAU